ACGCACGCACGCACACACACACACACGCACAAUGGGGGAUACGUAAGCAAGGUACAAAAGGUAUAUAAACCUUUAUCCGAGUGUUUUGCGUGGCUGUGAGAAGACAGAUUGUUUCCGUCUAACAGGAACAAAGGUAAUAUUUCUAAUUAAAUACUGUAUGUCUUGAGCUUAAAAAUAAAUGUAAAUUCCACUGAUCAAAUGAAAAAUUCUGAGAAGUGUGAUUGAAGUGUGUGUAAAUCAGUAUUUAUCUGUUUUUUAUUGAUAUUCCUCUCACUGUUUUUAUUAUAGCCAUCAUGUUUUGGACCAUUAGACAUGCAGGAUCCAGCAUUUUAUUGUUUUUAAUGCUUAUUCAUUUUGGAGAGCUAUAUGCCAGAAGUGAUACGACUAACUUUGGAUGUGAGGAAUGCAAACUCAAGGAAAACAACAUUUUCUCGAAGCCUGGGGCUCCUGUCUAUCAGUGUAUGGGAUGCUGCUUUUCUAGGGCUUACCCCACACCCUUAAGAUCCAAAAAAACCAUGCUUGUUCCAAAAAAUAUCACAUCAGAAGCUACGUGCUGCGUAGCCAAAGAAGUCAAGCGGGUACUUGUCAAUGAUGUCAAACUAGUGAACCAUACAGACUGCCACUGCAGCACCUGUUACUAUCAUAAAUCUUAAAGACACACUAUGACAUUUCUGAUUUCUGGUUCAGAUUUAGUUAUAUUCUCUUGUUUACCUGUCAUUUAUGCUCAAAUGCAUGUGUUCUUUAUGUAAAUCAUGCUGACUAUAGUGUAUUUAAAUUCUCAUUAGUUGAAAAUGCCUUUUUAUUUCUUCACAGUAGUGCUAUUAUAUGUUUAUUACAUAUUUGAUAACCACAUUUAGAUUAAGUCCAUAAAUUAGGUUAGAAAAUGGUUUAAAAAGUUGCAAUCAUUGUUGUCUGUAGUCUAAAGGCCUGAAGAUGUUUAAAAUGCAAGGCUUGUCAAAUAACUAUUUUAUUUUACUCUACAUAAAAUGCUAUUGUUGCUGGAUUAGACACAAAUCUUAAAUAAAUGUAUACGGCACAGGCCUGGUUCCA